CCUACUACGAGACGUUACUGAGAGCCAACACUCGCGCUUACACUUUCGCCAGCCUGUGACAAGUAGGGUAAAAGAUGUGUCCCUCGAUGUACUUUGUAACAAUAACAUUAUUAGUUCUUCUUCCGGCAACGUGUUCAGUGAAACACGCACCGAUUUACAAAGAUGAACAGAAGUCAACUACCACAAUUGCAGAAGAUACGGAAGGAGGAAUUGAAUCUUCAGCUUCAGGAUCUAAAGAUGAGCUGGUGGUUCCAAGCCAAAGCCAAGAGGAGGUAGAGAGAAGAGUAUCACCAAAUACCCAUAUUCCUCAAGGCAAACUUGCUUCGUCCCCUCCAGACCGACCGACACUGUCGGGUAGUAUAAUCCAGACACUCCUUCGAAACCCCCAGACAGUUUCUCAGUUGAUGACCGUUUUGGGAGUCAACAAUGGAAAAUAUACGUCAAGCGUAUUAAAUAAUGGCGAAGAGACACAGUUUCAAACGUUGCUGUCAACGUUGGAGAACAUGUUGUCAGAGGUGCAGUAUUUCCUGACUCCUGAGGGUCUUGAGAGCGAGGACCGAUGCACAGCUGACGUCAGCGCCUACCUCCAGGGUGUGGAACAGGGUCAGAUGUGGGCCUUGCAAAUGUUGGAUGCAUCGGGCAAACCUGGCAGAAGCAUACUACAAGGGGCGUUGAAGUUCUUGGGUAACUACGACGAAUGUCUACUUGUGACCCACGCCGUAACAAACGGGAGCACCAGUUCUGGUCACAUGAUCAAGGGGAACUACUGUCACUUCGUCUUCACCAUUCCAGCAGCAAUCAGCAAUCUAACGAAUGGAAAUAUGCCCUUCUCCCUUGGUCAACCGACUGUUCAGUGGGACCUUUGUCUACCCAAGUCGUGUAAUGACAGUGCAGUGUCUGACGCAGCCUCAAUCCUUGUAAAGAAUAUUACCGGUGUUUCACUGAUCACAGCGUACUUCACGAAACUCUCUGACUGGAAGGAAGACAGUACGGCUGUGGCUACAGUAUUCGUCAUCUGUCUUGUCGUCGCUCUGUCGCUCAUUGGGACAUCAUAUGACAUCAUUACUGUCGAGAUUGAGCGCUACAGACAGAAAUGUAAUGACAAUGAAGAUGACAGUGGCGCAUACAUCAGCGAAGCCUUCGUCACCGACGACGAUAUUCUACGUGGGAAGGAGAACAACGGUCAUGCAUCUAAUGGAUUACCAAGAAUUAGAAUAGGAAAGAUCUCGCAUGGAGAACAAAAUCAGCAAAAGGAAAACAGCAUUGGUUUGGGUCGUCAACUCCUCCUGUCGUUCUCCAUCAGCAGGAACACUGAAAAGAUCCUCAACACCAGGACGGGGGAUGGAAACCUGGGCUGUAUCCAUGGCAUCCGCGUACUCAGUAUGGCCUGGGUCAUCCUCGGUCACUCCAUGACUUGGGAUAGCAUGAGCACAUGGGAAAACAUGCUAGACUAUGCCAACUGGAUGAGGAGGUUCACAAUGCAGUUUCUUGUAAAUGGAACUCUGGCGGUAGACACAUUCUUUGUACUCAGCGGGUGCUUGUUGACGUUCUUGUUCCUGAGAGAGUGUGCGAAGUCCGCCAGAGGGAAGCCUACAGCCAGACAGAUGGUCAUCUACUACAUCCACAGAUGGUGGAGGUUAACUCCAGUGUACAUGUUUAUCAUCCUGUUCUACAGCGGGCUGCUCGGUCAUCUUAUUCAGGGACCAGUCGCUGAAUCAAGGAACAUUUUCGAAAAGGACAACUGUAGAGACAAUUGGUGGACAAACAUACUUUAUAUUAAUAACUUCUACAACUUUAAAGACAUGUGCUUCCCUGCUUCAUGGUUUCUGGCCGCGGAUAUGCAGUUCUACGUGAUUGCUCCCCUUGCUUUGCUGCCUAUUGCAUUUGGAAUUCCCUGGCUUGGAUACAGCGUCAUGUGUCUCUUUGGAGCGGUCCACAUUGGAAGCUACGGGUACUUGGAAUGGAAGCUGGGAGGUGCCACUCAGUUUGUGGGUAAUGCUGACUCUAUGAACAAGAUCUACCCUUUGCCCUGGUGCCGCGUUGGUGUGUUUGCUGUAGGCAUGAUGCUCGGUGCCAUCUUACAGAGGACCAAGUGUAAAAUCAGGAUACCAAGAUAUGUCCUGGUGCUUGGCUGGCAAGUGAUCCUGACUAUCGGUUUGUUGUGUACCUAUGUGACGUACGACGACUUCGGCGAGGGUCAUACACCAUGGGACGUGGAUACCCGGAUUGUACACGAGACCCUGUACAGACCACUGUGGGGGGUGUUUGUGUCCUGGGUCAUACUAGUGUGCUGCACAGGACAUGGGGGUUUCGUCAAUAGUCUCCUGUCCUGGCCUGCCUGGAUUCCCCUGGGAAGACUAACGUACGGAGCCUAUCUCGCCCACCCGGUGCUUCUCUCCUACACCGAGUUUUCUGUGAGGUCUCUGAGAUAUGCUGAUAUUCCUUAUGUGAGUUAUCACUUCUUAGGAACAUUCAUCGUGGCUUAUGCCUUGUCCUUCAUCACAAGUGUCCUUGUCGAAUCUCCUUGUCUCGGGCUCGAGAAAGCAGUUCUUGGCAGACUGAAGAAAUGAGAACAUCUCAACAUCCUUGUUUAUCCAUGGCAUUAUAUCUCAAUUUAAUCAUGAUAAAUACAUUGGACCCAUUCGCUACAAAGGCUUUGCUUAAAGCUUGAUUCGAUUAGCACGAUUGCUCCAAUCGGCGAGAGAAGUACUAUGCUGCGUUAGAGAUGGAGAUAGUGACGUCACUUCCGAAACGAAAUCAGGGUGUCGAAUGGGUCACGGGUAUUUGUUUAUGAUAAUAGGGUGGAGAUAUCAUACCCUGGAUAGUCAAGGACGUGGUUUCCAAUAGCCAUAAAGUGAACGAUUCCUAACCAUCGAUGAUCUUAAGUCAUGUAAUGUAUCUUUUAUUGAGGAGGCGAACUCAAGAAAACGACUGUUCAUACACGUGUUGUGAUGCCCAAUUUGAGACAACUGAUGCAAUUGUGUUAAAUGUGUACACAGUCACUUAUUUAACAGUGACUGCUGAUGAAGUCAUUUACAGGUAUUCAAAUAUACAAUUUUACAUAAUUAUCUAACUGGCUCUACAGUGUGUGUCCAUAUUACAUACGUAAUUGGUAAUAAUUGUAAAUAUACUGUUUCAGAAUCCAAAUGUGUGUUUCAUUUGCAGCAAUGUGAGUGAGUGAGUGGGUUGGGUUUUACGCCGCUUUUAACAGUAUU